CACACUCGUCUCUCAAAGAGGUACAGAGAAACAAUGAUGUCGGCGUAUGUUUUAAUUUUAAUUGUGAGUUGAAAGUUGAAUUCAUAUUUGGCGAAUUGAAGGCCACGGAAAUUGGUCAAAUGUAUUGCUAAACGAUAGUUAUGUUGGUUCUGCGUUACGGAAAGAUGGAAUUCGUCCGAUUUCGGACUUGGUUUAAUAGGAAAGUGGUGAUGAAAAUUAAUCAAUGAGACAAGUCGAGUGCUCUUCUCGUUCGCCAUCAUUCGGUUAUGUUAAUGGUGGAGCAAAAGGCAAAUGGAAGAAAAAAUCUGAUCAUUUGUUUCGAAUGUGAAAUCGAGUUUUCGUGCAGUGCGGUGACUCGGUCUGAAAUUAUCAUUGAUUUUUCUUGAUUUGGAAGUAUGGUGAUGUACGCUGUGAGAUUCAGUAAAUGUUCGAAAAUCCGUCACCAACCCAACAAACUCGCAAUUUUCCAGUAACUUUUUAUUGUAAAUGCACUCACUCUGCAUUGCAAUGUUUGAGUGCUACAACUCUCCUAUCGAACAACGAAUUUAGAACGAUACGAUCAAACUGAAAACAUGUGUUAAAUAUAUAUUCCGUAAAUCGAUUUUCUAUGCAGGAAAAGCACCGACAUCAGCAAAUGUGUCAGUCAGACGCAGCGAGUGAAACCGCUAGCAUUUUAUCAGUAAAUUGCUAAACGUUUUAUAAACAGCUAAAACGGCAGAUAAUUCUGUCAAUACUAACUGUAGUGUUAAAAUUUAAAACAGGACUUCGAUAGUCUCCAAGGAAUCCGACUUUUUUGUCGCCUGCAAAAUGGAUGCAUACUAUCGAUACGAUCCAACCGCUCCCCGAGGUAUGGGGCCGCCGGGAAAUGCUGGUGGGCCGUACGCACGACAUAGAGCACCACAUCCGAUGCAGCAGCAACAGCCUCAGUCGCAAUACCCUUCGUACCAGCCGGCUACGGCCGACAACAUGUACUCCAUGCCAGAUCAUAACACUGGCAUGGCUGGUAUGAGCGAUGCGCUGUGGGGUGCUCAACCUCCUCCACCACCUCAGGCGAAUCCAUACGGUGCACCGAUGGGAUACGGUCAUCCACAGGCACCGCAACCAACUCAACGACAAGCACCGACUAGCUACCGGCAACAUAUGACUGGUUAUCCCCAGCAGGAUUCAUCAAAGCUGCAGUACCCCACACAGCAAGCAAUGAUGAGCGGUAUGAUGCCACAGCAAGGAUACGGAUCGUUGAGUCAACCGCAGCAGCCGACCCAACAGCAGCAACAACAACCGCAGCCACCCCAGCAGCAGCAACAGCAACGUGUUUCACAGCACUAUCCACAGGCUGGUCAUUCGAUGUAUCCGGGCGCGCCGGUUGUCCAGCCACAGUCUGCGACGGCGCAAACCGGAUACGCGUCAUACGCACCCACAAUGCAACAGCAUGCUAGUCGAUCGAGUCAGCAUGUCUACAACCAGCAUCAGAUCGACCAGUCAGCCUAUGCGCAGCAUAUUGGCGCUAGCCAGGUCCCAACAAGCCAUCAUCAGAUGAACACACCACAACAACAGCCACCAGGUCAACUUCCUCAGCAUCCACCCCAGUCCCAUUUGCCAUUGCCAGGUCAAACACCGCAAUCGCAACAGCAAAUGCAUGCCAAUCAAAUGCAGCCUGUUCAACAACAGCAACAACAGCAGAGUCAGCAACCAACUCAUGGAAGUCAGCCAACACACCCGCAAAGUCAUCCGCAGCAUCCCGGAUUGGCAGGUUUAGGUCAACAACAAAGUCAACAACAGAGCAGUUUGCUGGCCAAUCAGCACCCUGGUAUGCUACACUCACAGCAACCAAAUAGUGGUGGGCUAAUGCAUGGCAGCAGUGCUCUUGGAGCAUCAAUGUCCCAACCGCAAGCGGGUCAGCAACCUGGAAGUCAUCACGGCACUAAUGCAUUAGGUGGACAUCAAAUGUCACAUGGUGCGCUGUCGAGUGUGCCGGGUUACGGUGCGAGUGCUCCACAGCAGCAAUCCUACCUGCCAAACGCUACAAAGCAGCAACCACAGCAACAUGGAAGUAGUCCUCAGUAUCGAGCACCUUUUCCACAGUUGUCUCCACAAAUGUCGCCACGACCACCGCAAAUGUCUCCCCAUACGCAGAUGUCCCCACGGCCGGUGAUGUCUCCGGCGAAACCUCCUAGCAGUGUAACAUCGCAGACACCUCAGACAACGCUUCCUACAACAAUGUCACCACAUCCGCAUAUAGCCAGCUCGGGCGGUAGUAUCCAAAGUCCUCGGUCGCAACAACAAUCCAUGCCAGUAACUAAGCUGACGACGUCUUCUGCCUCGGGUCCGGUUAACACUCUGCAGGCGCUGGAACAGAUGGUUAUGCCGCCGUCUGCUACUGCUGCAGGUAUGGAAUACUCCCAAGCCGCUGCUUACCGAGGUCCACCACACCAACAACAAAUGCAAAACAAUCCACUGUCUCCGCUUGGACCACGACUGCCGAUGUCCCCACAACAUCAUCAGCAGUGGCCACCGAUGGUUCAGCGACCUGGCAGUGGAGGUCUCAACGGUACCGCUCAUCAUGGAAUGCCACAGCAAUCCCCACAGCAACAACAGCAGCUAGGGAACCAGCAUCUGCCACCAAUGCAUUCCCAUGCUCCGCAUUUACACGUGUCACAAGCUUCCCAUCCGCUUCCACCACACGCUCAACAGAUCUCACAGCUGAACGACAUCUCCAGUCUGAUACCACCUGUGUCGCAAACAAUGUCUGUGAUACCACCUACCCCAGGCCCUCCAAGUGGGUUGCAAUAUAGUAAUUUGGACGACAAGAGUCUGGUCGAUUCAGUUCCACAGCAAACACCCCAGCAACCACAACAGCAACCUGUACAUAGUUUACAUCAACCUCAUCUUUCCCAGCCACAGCAGCAACAGCAACCUCCUCAACAACAGCUGCCUUCAAUGCAUCAACCGCAUCAGCAUCCACCUCAGCAGCAAACACAACAGCAGCAGCCAAUGUUGACGCAGCUUCAACCACCAUCUCAUCUGCAACAAAUGCACUCACAGCAAGCAUCCCAACAUCAGAGCCAUCUAGCAACGAUGCAAUCGUCUUUGGCCUCUCAGCAGCCUCCACAAAGUGCAACUGUUCCUUCUCCACAUUCAAUUUCACAGCAGCUGCAAUCACCGUCAUUUAAUGACGAAAUGAUGAUGUCGCCAAGCGGCCAACACCAGCAGCAGCAGCACCAACAAAUCCAACAACAUUUGGUGCAAACCAUUCCCACAUCAGCUCAGUCGCCAGUCCCAACACAGCCGUUGGCGCAGCUUUCAAUCCCGAUAUCGCAAGCGUCAUCACAACUGAAUGACUUACAGAGUAUGCAAGCAUCAACUGCGACGCUCGCCGUGCAUCAACCGCUUCAGAUGCAAACGCAACAAUCACAUCAGCAGCAACAACAACAACAACAGCAAAGCUCAGCUUCCUCGAUUGAACUUCCACCGAUUUCAACACUAACAACGGCUGAACCUGCAGCUGCGACCAGUGUGGAAACUGUGCAAACUCCAAGUACCGAGUCUCAACAACCGUCGACAGAUCUUAGUCUUAUUGAUAGCCUAGCUUCGAGUAACGCCAACGAGGCACCCUCGAGUCUGGGAGCGGCGGGAUCUAUUCCUGAAUCAGCAGUUAGUGAAACCGAUAGUUUACAGCAACGAAACUCCGCUUCCGAGCAAAACAGUAGCAAUGAAGAGUCUCGAGAUAGUAUCGUUCCAGCACCAGCAGAAUCCAAUACUGACGAAAGUAAAUCAUCCAGUUCGCUGAUGUCCGGAACAGAUUUCGAGAAUAUGAAUCAGGUAAACACCGGAACGGGAGGUUCCCUUCUUAGUUCAGAAGCAGUGCUUGAUGAAACUAUCCGUGAAGGACCAACUCUUGGUCUUGAUAGUGCAGCAACAGAAGUCAAUGAGAAACGGGACGAUAUUUAUCACUCGGACAGCUCCAAUCAACAAGCACCGAUUGUUGAAACAAAAAAGACUGAACUUCUAGCUGAGCCAGCAACAGUUCCGGAACCAAUCACUUCAGUUGCACUUACAGAGCUGCAGGAGCCCGAGGUUACUACUGCCACGACUGCGAGUCCGGAACAGACACACUCUGUUCCCACGUCCACUACGACCCCAACGAUUCCUACUACUACUUCGUUGUCAUCCUACACGAGUCAGAUGCCAACAGAGCAAAUGCCGGGGGAGCCGGUCAUUUCGACGAGCACUCCAGCUACAACAAUACCGACAAACACUACUCAAAUUCCACCGACCUUGCAACAUUCGCAAAUGCACCCGCAAAUGCAUCCACAAUAUGGACAAAUAGGAGCUCCUGGUAUUCCUCCAAGUCAAGGUCAGCCGCCUCCGAUGUAUGGCAUGCAUAUGCCAUCAGGUGGCCCGAUGAUGCACGGCCCUCACGGUCCCGCAAUGCACGGUAUGAUGGGUACAGAGAUGAUGAAUCCCUAUCAAUCCACAUACCAAUCACAUGCACAAGAACGAGCCGCAAUCCAGCAGCAGUUGCAGGAUAUGUAUAAACUUCCAAUGGCGGACCAGCAGGAGAAAAUCAUGCGCAUGCAAGAGCGAAUUGCUAUGCUUCAACAACACGAAACCGCUGAUGGCUGCCUGGGUGGACCGCAGUGCAUGAUGCAGAACCAUUCUAUGUAUUCGUCCGCCAUGAUCGACAGUCCUCAAGUUACAAGCACAACAGGCCGCCGUGGACGAAACCCUUCUAAUAAACCACGGAAACCUCGUGUAAAGAAGUCGGAAAAACUGGCUCAGGAAGCGGCAGCAGCUGCUGUGAUUACAGCAACCGUUACACCGGAUUCAGGACAAACGCAACCUCCUCAGCAACCGCAGAUUACGUCUGGUGAUGAAACGUCGCAAACACCCGUUGCUCCUGUUACGACACUGCCUGUCUCCGAGGACUCCGUCACGGCAGGUACUGGGCUAUCGGAGAUAACUUCCGAAAGCUUCAAUGAGACAAUGAAUGAAACAGAAUCUCAAGAUAAUCUUUCCGUUGGAGAUCUUGACACCUCGACUGACGCCAGUGGCAAAAAACUGAAAAAGCCGCGAAAACCACGGGAACCUAAAAAACCCAAAGAACCCAAGGAAACAAAGGAACCCAAGGAGAAAAAGGAACCCAAGAAAAAGGAACCGAAGGAAUCCACAAAGACGAAGAAAAAAAGCACUAAGAAAACUAUCAGUGCUCCUGAUGGAGACAAUUCUAUCUCGAUGGAUAAUGCUAGUCAAGAUCAAGACCACCAGGAUCACUCCAAAGCGACGAGCGAAGGCGAUGAGAAUCAAACACUUGCUUCUUUGAUGCACUCACAGAAUUCCACUGAUGCAACUUCUGGACCAGAGAAGGAAUCGAAAAUCGAGGGUCCGAUGGAUAGUGAGGUGACAGACUUUGACGAUAUUCCAGUGUCUAAGAUUCCCAUCAAAAGCCUGCUGAUUGAAGCAGAAAAGAAAGAAAAUGAGCAGGAGAAUGGUGAAAGUGCUGGUGACGGGGGUGAAACAGAAGGUGAAACGCCCAAGAAAAAGAAGAGUAGUAAGAAAAAAGAACCAGGAAGCGGCGAAAGCAAAAAGAAGAGUUCCUCUUCAAGUGCUUCUAGGAGCAAAAAAUCAUCUGGUGGCAGUUCGAAGAGUCGAUCUCGUUACCGAAGAAUGAUGACUGAAUCAGAUGGUGAAGGAGACGACCUGAUGAGUACUCCACCACCAUCGCCUCCUCCAGAUGCUGAAAUUGAUAGCUCUAAACGCCGAUCUGCUCGUAACACGCAACGCAAAAAGUAUGUCGACGAUGUCAUGUUGCGAUUUUCGGAUGAUGAAUCGGGCAUAAUAUCUCCCAUUCCAGCGAGCCGACGGGAGAAGAAAUCCGAAUCCGAUAAAAAAGAUGCUGACAGCAGUGGUGAAGGUGCCGUUGUGGGUGAUGUCACCGCAGCUGAUGGCACUGUGGCAAGUUCAAGCUCGCUCGGAGCGGAAGGCGAUGAGAAAGUGAGCACAUCAGAUGAUAAAAUGGAUAUCAACACCGAAAUAAAACCGGACGAGACUAACAAACCAAACUACGUAUACGUCAACACCGGUGAUGAGGAUUCUAUGGUGGUGCAGUAUGUGCUAGCAGUUCGAAUGGGUAAACGAGAACUGAAGCCAGAUCCUCCACCACCGCCGCCGAAGGAGAAAACUCCUGAGCCGGAUGAGAAGUCUGGAGCUGUGGAAGAUGCUAAUGGUGACACAGAAACAAAGAAGUCUUCAGAAACAGAUGUAACCGAAGAAGAUGCAGCAGAAAAUAAACCAAGUGCAUCCAACUUGGAAGGAAAAGCACCAUCGGAAGACGAGGAAACGCAAGCUGAAGAACGAAAAGAUAGUGAUUCAGAAAAGGUGGAAACGAAAGAAGAUGAAAAAAUGAUAACUGAUGAUAAAUCAGAACAAAAAGAGGUAGACUCAGAUAUAAAACCUCCCGAGAUAUCGGAAAGUCCGUCUGAGGAAAAAAUGGAGGUAGACGAAGAACAAAGCGAAACGAAAGAAGUAGAUGAAAUAGCUCCACAGAAAGAUGAAUCGGAUAAAGCCUCUGAACUAAAAGAUCAAGAUGUAGAUGAAAGCAGUGAUGAGCAAAAUGAUGACGAGCAUACUAAGAAGGAGAAAAAGACCGAAAAAGAUGCAAUUAAGGUGGAAGAGUACAAAGAUGCCGAAAAACCCGAAGAGAAGAAAGAUCCUGUGUUUAUUGACGUUGAAGAAUAUUUUGUAAAAUAUCGAAAUUUUUCAUAUCUUCACUGCGAAUGGCGAACGGAAGAUGAACUGUUCAAGGGUGAUAAACGUGUAGGAAAUAAAAUAAAGCGUUUUCUACAAAAGCAACAACAACACCUUAACAUAUUUGAAAGCUUGGACGAAGAGUCAUUCAAUCCAGACUUCGUCGAGGUCGAUCGGGUUCUAGAUGUUUCGGAACACACGGACGAUGAUGGUAAAACUGUUAAACAUUAUUUGGUUAAGUGGAAGAGUUUACCGUAUGAAGAUAGCACAUGGGAACUUGAAGAUGAUGUCGAUCUUCCGAAAAUUGAUCAGUACUAUCGAUUCAACAAAAUCCCACCUAAAAGUGAGUGGAAAACGAAGAAACGACCUCAUCCGGACCAAUGGAAACCACUAUCAGAGUCCCCAAUUUAUAAGGCAGGUAACAGUUUGCGUCCGUACCAGCUGGAAGGUCUGAAUUGGUUGCGUUACUCAUGGUAUAAAGGAAAUAAUUGUAUUUUAGCCGAUGAAAUGGGCUUAGGCAAAACCAUUCAGAGUUUGACAUUCGUUCACUCUAUUUUUGAGUACGGGAUUCGCGGGCCUUUCUUAGUGAUUGCUCCACUUUCGACUAUUCCCAAUUGGCAACGUGAAUUUGAAAGUUGGACUGAUAUGAAUGUGAUUGUGUACCACGGAUCGGCAACUAGUCGUCAGAUGAUUCAGGACUACGAAAUUUAUUACCGAUAUGAAAAUGGAAAGUACAUCAAAGAAAUUAAUAAGUUCAAUGUGUUGAUUACAACGUUCGAAAUGAUUGUAACCGAUUAUCAGGAUCUAAAGCCCUAUAACUGGAGGGCUUGUGUGAUAGAUGAAGCUCAUCGACUUAAGAACCGCAAUUGCAAGCUUCUGGAAGGUCUCCGACAGUUGAAUCUGGAACACCGAGUUUUGCUUUCAGGAACACCAUUACAAAAUAACGUUAACGAACUGUUUUCUCUGUUGAACUUCCUGGAGCCGAGUCAAUUCUCAUCGAAUGACGAGUUCCUGCGAGAAUUUGGCAGUUUGAAGACUGAAAGUGAAGUCCUAAAAUUGCAGGCGCUCUUGAAACCGAUGAUGUUACGGCGACUUAAGGACGACGUAGAAAAAUCACUGGCUCCAAAAGAAGAAACCAUUGUUGAAGUAGAAUUAACCAACAUCCAGAAAAAGUAUUAUCGUGGAAUUUUAGAGCAAAACUUUUCCUUCUUGAUGAAGGGAACUACAUCGGCAAAUAUUCCUAAUUUGAUGAAUACUAUGAUGGAGCUUCGGAAAUGCUGUAUCCAUCCGUAUCUAUUGAACGGAGCUGAAGAUCAAAUCCAAUAUGACUAUAGGCAGCAACAUGGUGAGGAUGCGGAAGCUUAUUAUAAGAAUUUGAUAGUAUCAUCGGGUAAGAUGGUUCUGAUUGAUAAGCUUCUACCAAAGCUCAAAGCCAACGGGCAUCGAGUACUGAUUUUUAGUCAAAUGGUUCGUUGUUUGGAUAUCCUUGAGGAUUAUCUGAUCUAUCGCAAAUAUCCUUUCGAGCGUAUCGAUGGACGAAUUCGCGGUAACUUGCGACAGGCGGCGAUUGAUCGGUAUUCAAAACCAGACUCAGAUCGUUUCGUUUUUCUAUUGUGUACAAAAGCCGGUGGUUUAGGAAUUAAUCUUACGGCUGCAGAUACGGUUAUUAUUUACGAUAGCGAUUGGAAUCCUCAGAAUGAUUUGCAGGCGCAAGCUCGCUGUCACCGUAUUGGCCAGCAAAAGAUGGUUAAAAUCUAUCGACUGCUAUGCCGAAACACGUACGAACGGGAAAUGUUCGAUAAGGCCUCACUUAAGCUAGGUCUUGAUAAGGCUAUUUUACAAAGCAUGAACACUGCACAGGGUAAGGAAGGAACUAACAAACAAUUGUCGAAAAAGGAAAUUGAGGACCUAUUGAAGAAAGGAGCCUACGGUGCCGUUAUGGAUGACGAUGCGGGUGACAAAUUUUGUGAAGAGGAUAUUGACUCGAUCUUGCUGCGACGAACGCAAGUUAUCACGAUGGAAAGUGAGAAAGGGUCAACGUUCUCCAAGGCUUCAUUCGCCGCAGCGGCCAAUCGUAGUGACAUUAAUAUAGACGAUCCAGACUUUUGGAAUAAGUGGGCCAAGAAAGCAGAAAUCGAUCCUGCCGCUUGUGAGAAGGAUGAAACGGAAGAUUUGGUCAUAGCAGAACCGAGAAAACGUACGCAGAUUAAGCGGUACGGACACGACGAUGGUGUUAUGGAUAUGUCAGAUGAAUCAUCUGGUGAACAUGGUAGUGAAAACGAAGAAGGCGGAAUGGGUUUGAAAACCAGAAGCAAGCGGAACCGUGGGAAAGAUAAGAAUAAAAAGCAACAGAUCGAACGGGACGAUUACAUUCCUCGUGACAGAGACACUUUGGCUGCGCUUGGAUUUGACGAGGUAUCGUACGGAAAUUGGGCACGGUCUGAGUGUUUCAAGGUUGAGAAAGGAUUAUUAUCACACGGUUGGGCUCGCUGGACGGAGAUUCUAGAACAAGGGCAAUUCAAGAGAGGUUGGCGAGAACAGGAUGUUGAGGACUGUGCGCGUGUGAUUCUCCUGUACUGUCUGGACCGAUAUCAAGGCGAUGAAAAAAUCAAAAACUUCAUUUGGGAUUUGAUAACGCCGACGGAAGGCGGCGAGCAGCGAGAAAUUGCUCGAAACCACAGUGGUUUGCACAAUCUUGUCCCGAGGGGUCGUAAUGCUAAAGGUAUAGUGCUCAUCAAGGAUAGGUCGCAGAACUGUUUCUUACAUAUUUCUUCCACAGGACGCAAAUCUACCAAUCCAGCGUCAGCGUCGGGAACGCUUCGACGUGAAGGAAGUAUCACCGAAGUGAACGAAGAUGCAUCAUCAAAUUCUUCCGGAACACAGAAGGAGACGAAGCCUACAAAAUCUGGAUCUGAUACUGGUGGAUCCAAUACACCAACUAGUGAUCCUCAUCAUUGGAGCAAAGAUGAGAAGUACGAUGCUGAUAAUUUAUUGGAUAUCAACUACAAGAAACAUUUAACCAGACAUGCUAAUAAAGUGUUACUGCGCGUCCGAAUGUUAUACUAUAUAAGGCACGAAGUUCUCGGAGACUUGGUGACGCAGAUUCAUGAAGGUGCCAGCGCGAGCGAUCUUCCAAUUCGCCCGCCGCCGACGCCCGAUCAGCUGCCGUGCUCAUGGUGGAAUCCAAAUUGUUGCGAUCGCAGCCUUUUAGUCGGCACAUAUAAACAUGGCUGCGAAAACUACCGUGUGAUGCGAGCGGAUCCUAUGCUUUGCUUCCAGACUCACUGUGGUCCCGGCGAUGGAGCCGUUGAGGAAACAACGAUUGUCAAAGAAACCGAUGACGAUGCCAACUCUAAGCAAGGUGAUAACGAGGACGAUCCAGAAGAUGGCCCAUCGGAGGCUCGCUCCUCAUCCGCUGGCGUCGAAUCAAAAGAUGAUGAUGAAGAAUCCACAGCUGGUACGACGCCCAGUGCCGCACCAACACCGGCGCCAUCAGAGACAAACCCCGAGCUAAUUUGGCCCACCAUGCAAGAUUUGAAUACACGUUUGCGGCGGGUGAUCACAUCCUACCAGCGCAACUACAAAAAAGAAGAGUUGAAGCAGCAACAGAAAGCGAAGCUUCAGGCAAUCGUUCCAUCGGUAUCGGCCAUGGGUGGCCAAACAUCCUCUUCACCAUCAACUCAAUCCUCCACACAAGGACCUUUACUAAGCGGUAGCCUAGUAUCACAACAUCAGCAAUCUCAAUCUGGUGCUCUGACAGCGCAACAGUUAAGCCAGCAACAGCAGCAAAGCCUGAUGUCAGGGCAUGGCAGCAUGGGUAAUGCGUCUACGUCAUAUGCCGGCACUAGUGGACUAAGUAAGAGCCAACAGCAGCAAGUAUCGAGUGGAGUUGCCCCAACUGGUGGCAUGCCAACGGCUGCCGACUUCAGUCUCAUGCUAAGUCUGGGAUUGGGUCUAAAUCCGGCCGAUGCUUCGCAGUUGGCCAAUCUCGAUUUACAGAAGUUGGCCAUGUACUUGAAAAUGGAGCGUCGAGAAAAAACCGAGCAGGUUAUGCGCGAACGGGAACGCUUGCGCCUGGAGCAGAUACCGAAAAAGUGGACCCGACGUGAAGAGAACGAGUUUAUUCGAGUUCUCACUGGAUAUGGAAUUGAUCUUCUAUCCAACACAGCAGUUCCGACCCCUGACUGGUCAAGAUUCAAAGCUUUCGCUAAGUUAGACAAAAAGUCAGACGAAAAUUUGAGUGACUUCUACAAGGUAUUCAUCGCAAUGUGUAAACGCCAGGCCGGCGUUAAACUGAACGAGGACGAAAAGAACCUGGAAGGACUUGUGGAUGAUGUAACCGAGGAUCAUGCCAAGUUGAUUCUGGAUCGAUUGGAGUUGCUCUCGAAGGCACGUGAAAUUAUUAAACAUCCGAAGUUGGACGAGAACAUUAAGCUGUGUGAAAACAAUCUGGACACACCAGAUUGGUGGAUCUCGGGUAAACACGAUCGGGAACUUUUACGAGCGGUGCUGAAGUACGGCAUAUAUCGGUCUGAACAGCUGAUUCUGGCGGAUCCGGAGUUUCCAUUUUAUGAAUCAGCGAAAAAAUACCUGCAGCAUCUGGAAAUGCAGAUUCAGUUGCAAAAUCAGCAACUUAUGAAAAUGCAAGCUGCUAAAGAGGAAGCGUCCGAAAAGUCGGAAAUGUCUGUUAAGUUGGAAAAAGGCGAUGGUUCGUUGAAAAUCGAAAAGCUACCAAUAAAGAAAGAAUCAUCGACAGUGGAUGAAGUUGCACAGAACCAAAAAGCCCUCGAUGAAGAUGGCGAAGCCAUUGAAAAAGAGCAAGCAGUGAAACAGGAAAGUGUCAAAUCAGAAACGGAAGAAGCGAAGGUUGAAGUAGAAAAACCUGAUGAACGCAAUUCUGAUGUCAAAACUGAAAGCAAUGAGGAUGAAGCAGAGGAAGCCAUGAAGGACGAUGACAAAACCAAGGAAGAGAAUGAUCCAAACACGGCCGCGGCUUCGACCAAUACGAAAACAGAGACAGAUAAAGGAUCGUCUGCGCUCGACGUAGUUCGAAAAACCGAGAAUGAUACUGUGGAAUCAAUGGAGGUUGAUGAUGAGAAGAAAUGCGAAAAAGAAGACAUGGAUUCUGAUCCCAAGGAUCAAGAAAAAGAAUCUGAUCCCAAGGAUACAUCAAGCGAAAAAGAUGUCACCGAAACAGGCGAAAAAUCGGCACCAAUCACCGAUUCUGUGGAAGCAACUGAAAAGCCAGAAUCUUCCAGUGAAGCACAAAAAGAAGAAUCUGAAGCAGGUAAAUCUGAAAUGGAGCGAGAAUCCUCCCCAGAUGUGAUCAUUUUGGAUGAACAGAAAAUUACUGAAGUAAAGCCAAAGGUUUUGAGUGAAGAAGAAAAGUGUUCCAAACAAGCAGCAGAAUUGAAAGCACGUUUUCCUGAUCUGGAGGUAUUCCAACCGCUGAUGAAAUUGAAGCAACUGGACAAUAGCGUUUCCAAAGAGGAUUUUAAGAAUAUCAGCAAAUUUGCAACUAUGAUCGAUACAUCGAUGAUAGUUAAGUGGUUCCGUGAUUUCGCUUUGGAGCGACGGGUCGGUCAUAUCAUAUAUUGCAUUGAGCAUAGUGAAUGGCCCGUAGGAAAGUCAUACUCCGCUUACACAGGUUGUCUGGGAAUUGACCUAGACAUCCCCUUGCACGAAACGAUCAAGAGAAUCAUUCCGUUGGACGGAGAUCCAAGACGAUCAACUUCGAGCACACCGGAUGUGAUAACAAUCACUACUGACCAUGCUGGAGCGAAACAAAUAAGCCAAGCAGCAUUGUCCGCACAAUCGGCAGCCGCUGCAGCGCAGGCUGCCCUGUCCGCUGUUGGUCUCGGGGGUAGUGGUAGCGGGUCCGGGGUCGGCGGUCCUCAGGGCAUGAGUCAGAGUCAGAUAGCAGCUGCAGCUGCUGCGGCCGCUGCUGCAGCCGCCGGUGUUUCGCUCUCGUCAAGUAAGAAACGAAAGAGACACAUUGCUAUUGAUGUUGAAACUGAAAGGGCCAAAUUGCAUGCUUUGUUGAAUAAUACUCAAAGUCCAGUGUCAACGUCAAGCCCAAAAGCACAGCCACCUCCAUUGCAAUCGUCCGGUGGUCUUUCCUGGAAUGACGAUGAAAUUGUUGACGCCCGUCGUGGUAGCUCUGCUUCCAGCGGUUCGAAUGUAUUGCAACCACCACCCGCUCACCAGCAUGGCCCCAGGAAUCAAAUGUCAUAUUCAAAACCGACUCUGAUUCCUGGAACUUCCAGUACUUUGACACCAAUUGAUUUAUCUUCCAGUUAUGCACUUCCGAAGGUGAAUAUGGCGGACAUAUUAAAAAGUCCUAUGGAUUUGAGUGAAGUGCAAGACUUCUCAAUCAGCAAGAAAAAGGGUAUGGAUGGAAGCGGCGGUGUCCGUGGAUUAUCAUCUACCAGUAUUAGUAUCACAAACGCUGGAGGUGGCAGUUCAUCCAUGCCCUCACCUUCAGCAGCGGUUGCAGCGGCAGCUGCCGCGGGCAAAGGCAAACUUAAUGAUAUGCUGUCGAAAUUGAUGAAAAAGAAUAACGUCAGUGUUCCAAUAGAGGAACCUCCGCUUGGUAAAGAGAAAAAACGACGUAAAUUGGACGAAAUUGUGUUAGGUUUAUCGGCUGCCAAAGAACAGAAGUCGAUAUUUGGAGAUCCAACACCUCCGGGUGGAAGCUUCUCUGGCAGUUCCAUGAAAAAGCCGCAAAUUCCGCCAAGUGUGUCUGUUACUCCAGCUAGUGCUCCAUCAUCAGUAAGCCAACAACCUCCACAGAAACCGUUUACCAUCACAGUCACUAGUGUUCCGGGAACAUCUAAAAGCGGAAGUGGUGGUCAAGGCUCUUCAAGCUCCAGUUCCAGCAGUGGGCUAGCAGCAUUGCAGAACAUGUCAGGUAUGGGUGCUUUAUCCUCGAAAGACAGUUUAAGUGCUCUGUUCGCUCAGGCAGAACAGGCGGCCUAUUUGAAACAACAACAAAAAAUGAUUCAAACGCUUCCGGCUAAUUCACCACAACGGAAAGCUUAUGAGGCAAUGUUGGCUGAUAUGAAGCAAGCCGCAGAACUAAGCUCUAAGCUAGGCCAGUAUGGUUCUUCGCACGAAGCUAAGGUCAAUAAGUGGCUAGCAGAACAAACGGCAGCUUUGACCGAGCACGCUAUGAGCUUAGAUUAUCUUACCCGAUCUUCAAGACGAUCAUCUUCUUCAACUUCGCAAUCUCAAGCAACGACGCCGACUUCUUCGAGAUCGACUCGAAAUUCUAACAGUCUCCAGCAACAACAACAAGCACAUCACCAUGCACAACAAUUGCAGCAGCAACAGCAGCAGCAUCAGCAACAGCAACAACAACAGCAGCAACAGGCAGAUAGUAAAUCAGCUGCCUUCAAUUGGAAUAAUUUAACUGGUGAAGAAUACGUAUCUGUUAUCAACAAAAUUAAUGGUAAAAGAUUGACUGGAAACAAAGCCCCUCAACUAAAGCGGCUAACCCAAUGGUUGGCGGAUAAUCCAGCAUAUGAGAUCGAUCCAAAAUGGGCCGAGUCAAUAACACUGCCGGGGUCAUCAAAGUCGUCACAAUCGGACUCGGGAAGUCCAUCAGCUGCCGCCAAGCAAAUGCGUGCAUCGGCUUCCGCAUCGUCGUCAAUGGGGGCCCAAGGUAGUCAAUAUGGAAGCAGCGCUAGUAGUGGUAGCCAGCAGCAAUCUAGUGCAUCAUCGUCAAAGAAGCACAGCAGUAGUAAUGCAGCCAACAUGCAAUUUCCUGGUCUUGCAGGACUCAAUCCGAAUUUACUAUCCAGUCUCUCCGGUUUGGGUAACUUCGACCCGAAAACUAACCCACUGCUAAUGCCGUUCGGCGGAAUGCCUAGCCUGGCUGGUCUUGGUGGAUUGGGUAAUUUGAACAACAUGAGCUUAUUUGCCAGUUUGGCUGGUUUGCCUGGUUUAUCUGGUAUGGAUGCACAAGGUCUAGCAGCUAUGAUGGCGGCGGCCGGAAUAGAUCCUACAGCAGCUUUAGCUGCAGCGACAGGUGGUACUCCAACGAAGGGUAGCGGUAAUGCAAGCAAAUCGCGUAAAUCGGUGAAUGAUGCUGGCACUAGUAGUUCAUCUAGCUCCCAGCAGAGUUCUAGCAAGAACUCAAACCAACAACAAGCUGCAGCCGCAGCAGCAGCGGCUGCAGCGGCUAAUAGCCAGUUUCCAUUUUUCUUCCCCAAUCCAAGCUUGCUGUACACACCGCUUGGGUUAGGAGGAUUAAAUCCAUAUGGAAUGCCUGGAGCCGGAAGAUUGGGAACAAGUGGAGCCUCAACGAGUACUUCAUCAUCUACAACAACGUCACGACAAUCUCAAUCAAAACAAAGCAGUUCUCGAGGAAUGGGCGGAGGCAGCCAGCAAUCUGCUUCUUCGCCAAGCAGUAAAUCAAGCAGAAGCUCUAGCCUAACAAGUCAACAGGCAGCAGCACAGCAGGCUGCUCUGGAAGCGGCACAGUUACAACAACUUUUGCUACCACAUGAUAAACAUAUGUUGGAUUCGUUAACUCGUUCGGCCGGCAUGGAUAUCACGCAAAGUUUAAGAGGAAGCAGUUCUAGUUCUUCCGAUAAGCGUGCACGGGAAAGUGCAGCUGCCCAACAAGCAAACAAACAGGCAUUUGAGAAGAUCGAACGCGAAAGGAGAAAGCUGUUGGAACAACUUCAGCAAGGAGCGUUUCCUUCGGAACUAGCGGCAAUCCAAGCAUUUACCACUGGAAAAAUGCCAGGAAUGUCAUCUUCAUCAUCGUCUGGGCAUGGUUCGUCAUCAAAAAGCAGCAGUAGCAGUAGUGCCGCUGCCACGGCCGCUGCGAACGCGUCAGCAGCAGCGGCGGCGGCGGCUGCUGCCAUGAGUGCAAAAGAUCUGCAAUUACCACUGCCUCCGGAAUUUAGUCAGGCAUUGCUAGCCGAAAUGACUGCCCACGCGUUAUCAGCAAAUGCGGCAGCUGCAGGUACUGGAUCAUCAUCAUCACCUUCCUCUGCUUCUAAAAAAUCGCGCGAACAAGAGCUGAAGGAGGCAUUUGAUCAGUUGAGCAAAAAUCCAAUAGAACUACUAGCUAGAAGUUUGGGUGUCGGUCCUGCAAUCUCGCUAAUUCCGACUUCCUCAUCAUCAACGUCCUCGACACCUGAUUCGAAGAGAACCUCAUCCUCGUCUCGACAUGACCUUCAGCAACAGCAAGCGCAACAGUUACAACAUCAUCUGUCGAAAUUAGAUCCAAAAACAUUAAUGCUGGGUGCCACAUCACAGGAGGAAAUGAAGAGUCCUCGAACGAGGUCUUCGACAGAUUCUCUGGCCAGCUUGGAUAAGGUCACGUUGACACCAGUGGCAGCAUCAAGCAUAGCAGCGUCACUGCCAUCGCAAACAACAAUUUCUUUAGCAUCGCCUAUCGGAAUGCCUGGUGCUUCUUCUAGUGGAUCGUUGAAUCUCAGUGCUAAAAGUCCUGCUGCAUUAUCCACGUCUUCGACAAGUAGCAUGGGAGACCGUGAAAAGGAUCGCGAACGAGAGCGGGAUCGUAGCGAACGGACGGAACGAGCCGAACGGUUGGAGCGUGCUGAACGUGCAGAUAGAAGUGAAAGAAGUCUAAGAUCGACAGAUGUAGCAGCGGAUUUGAGCCGUGGCUCAAUGACCUCUGUUUCUGCAACAGUGACAUCGACUACGGUAUCGUCUGUUGUUCCUCAAAAUCUCUCAACUGCAACGGGAAGUUCGUCCAGUUCAACAACACCGUCUGCAUCGGUGACUGUCGUAGACACCGCCCAUAACCAAGAGAUGGACCUGGAGGAUCUGAUUGCCCCCUCUAAGCUGUCCAAGUCAGGCAACGUUUUGAGCGAUGAAGAUGAUCCGCAGAAACAGAUCAUGCUUUUGAAACAAAAACAAAAGCUACUACAGCAAGAACAGAUGAAAAAAUUGCAGGAAGCCCAAGAAGUGCAACGUUUGCUGGAACAACAGCGAAUAGCGGAGCAGAAGAAAUUAAUAGAAGAACAACAACAGCAACAGUUAGAACACGAGCAAGAGCAGGCACACGCUCGCGAGCUUCGGCAUAAACGGCGUCGAGAACGAGAAGAAUCCGAGCGUGUAAUGAAACGGCAAGAACUGGAAAAGGUUGCACCCGAACAGGCGGACGAGUUCGUACAUCAUGCAACUGCCGCGCAGCAGGAAGAUUCUACCGUUUCGACAGAACGUGCACAGGAUGCGGCUGAGGAGUCUCAACACCACGAACAUAACAUGUCCCAAAUGAGCACAGACCAACAAGAUCAACAUCAGCAGAUGGAAGACCUCGAAAGGCACGAACGGCGCGCCUCGAGACGAGGUCAUCACAGCACUGGUGAACAGCAAUCUCAACUUCAUUCGCAAGAAGAAUCGAGUAAAUCAGAUUUAGAAAAAACUCCCGACUCGGCAUCAUCGUCAGCGGCACCGACGCGAAAGUCAACUCGUUCCAGCACUGACGCAGCCAAUUCGUCGGGUGGAGAAUCAAGCAGCGCACCGCCGACUACUCCCUCCACGGGUGGUGGUGGACGGCGGACAACCCGAUCGAAACGACGCCGCAGCGGGGACGAUUUGGAUUCAUCCGCGGCACUGGGAGUACCGGAGAGGAAAAGAGAAUUACGGUCCAGCGCUGGCCGACAGGCGGCAGCAGCAGCGGCUCGAAUGGCUGCGGAAGCAAAGGCUGCUGCAGCUGCGGCGGCUGCUGCCGCUCAGUCCGAAGGUUCUUUGAAUCUGUCCAAAGAUCAGGAACAGAGUGCAGAACAGCGUGACGAGCAGCAACCAAUUUGACUAAAAAUGAGUAAAUGACGCUUAUAAUUUUAGGUUGAAAGUUAAUAUUUUGUUCACGUAUUUCGUAUAGGCAGUUUUAGGCGGUUGAUAUUAAGAAAGCUAUUGAAAUACGAAGCCGUAAGGCUGAUCAAGAAAUACAAACAAAAGGCACGUACAGACAAAAUUAAAAACAUGAAAACAAUGACGUGGAAUCAAAUGCUUUUGAAAUUAAGGAAGCUGUAGAGAAAAACUGCUUUUGAGGAUGAUCUGAUGUUGCAAUUGCUGUUAACAUCGGUGGGGGAUUAUUUUCAAGACCGGCCAUUUUUCUUUCUCUUGCUGAACUAAGUAAGCAAACAGCAACUUCAUCAAUUUCAAAACCGUUAGCUUCUCAGAGAAACAAAAAAAAACAA